UGUUCGGUGUCUGGUUACCUGGCUGCUGGAGUAAGCAGAGGCGUGCAAGUAACGGCUGAAGAGCUGAACGCUGCAUCCGCUGGGCUGAACGUUGUCCCCAGGGCUGGAGUACUACAGCUGUGUUAGGAGGCUUGGAUUUCUCCGCUGAAUUGAUUAUAAUCGAGAAAUCAUGUUCAUUGACUCGCAUGCCACGGCUCUUAAUACUCUGGAGCAGUUAAUUCCAGAACUGAGUGUACUGCUGAAACUGCUGGAUCACGAGUACCUGAGUGCGACAACCCAGGAGAAGAAGAUUGCGGUCAGCAACCUGCUGAAGAAACUACAGCCUGAUGCAGGUCAUGAGACAGACUAUAUGUACAUGAACACCUCUGCCUUCCGCAAUGGCACCAGUUUUGUGGAAUCACUGUUCGAUGAGUUUGACUGUGACCUGCGGGACCUUAAAGACAUGUCAGAAGAAAGUAAAGAUGACAGUGAGACUCCCGAUUCAGAAACCGUGCAGACUAAAACAGCUACAGCAGACACCCCUCCACCACCACUGCCUACGACUCCACCACCGGAAGAUUACUAUGAAGAAGCUGUACCGCUGGGUCCAGGAAAAGUGACGGAGUACAUCGUUUCACGGAAUAGCUCUAGUCCACCAAACUCCAUAGAAGAUGGGUAUUACGAAGAUGCAGACAACAACUACCCAACAACAAGAAUCAAUGACGAGCAGAAAGACUCCUACAAUGACUCUGAUGCCAUGAGCAGCUCCUAUGAGUCGUAUGAUGAAGAGGAAGAAGAUGGGAAGGGUCAACGCUUAACUCACCAGUGGCCAUCAGAAGAGUCAUCCAUGAACCAGGUUAAGGACUGUCGGAUUUGUGCUUUUCUGCUGCGCAAAAAGCGAUUUGGACAGUGGGCAAAACAGCUAACUGUAAUUAAGGAUAACAAACUCAUGUGCUACAAGAGAUCAAAAGAUGUACAGCCGAAUCUGGAACUGGCUCUUCAUGCCUGCAGUGUCACAUAUGUGCCAAAAGAUGGGCGGCGAAAAAAGCACGAGCUACGGUUCUCCAUGGCUGGUACUGAGACCCAAGUACUGGCAGUGCAGAGCAAAGAGCAGGCAGAGGAGUGGUUGAAGGUAAUAAAGGAGGUCAGCCACCAAGGCAAUUGCUCUGUUAGAGUUGAAUGUUCCAGAUCUCCUGUUCUGCACCACAAGCUGGAUUUGGAUAAGAGAUUAUCACAAGAAAAACAGACCUCUGACUCUGACAGUGCAGUAACUGCAGAAAAUGGAUCACCAGGUUCUGGAAGAGAGAGCAGGGAACUUGGAAAAGGAAAAAAGUGUGGACUGGCUGAGCUGAAGGGGUCUGUCAGCCGGGCAGCUGGGAGGAAGAUCACACGUAUCAUCAGUUUCUCAAAGAAGAAGCAUCCAACACAAGAAGACACCCAGACAUCAUCCACAGAGGAAGAUAUUCCAUGUUGCGGAUAUUUGAAUGUAUUGAUGAACCAGUGCUGGAAGGAGAGAUGGUGUCGGCUGAAGGGAAAUGUAUUGUAUUUUCACAAGGACAGGACAGACCUCAGGACACAUGUCAACUCGAUUGUUCUAAAGGGCUGUGAAGUGAAACCAGGCCUGGGUGCCAAACAUCCAUUUGGCUUCCGACUCUUAAGGCAUGGUCAGGAUGUGUCUGUCCUUGAGGCAAGUUCUUCAGAAGAAAUGGGUCGCUGGUUAGGGCUGCUCUUAGCUGAGACUGGUUCCAAUGCAGAUCCAGCGUCACUGCACUACGAUUAUGUGGAUGUAGAUACAAUAGCCAACAUUGUCAAUGCCGUCCGUCAUUCUUUCUUAUGGGCAACUUCAUCUCAGAGCAGUGGAGCAGACUUCAGGAUGUAUGAUGAGGUACCUUAUGAGAAAAUUCAGGUCGAAGAGCAAAAGCGUCCUGGAUCAGCACAGGUGAAGCGUCAUGCAUCCCUACAUAAUGAAAAGUGUCAUCGGGUGGACCCUCAAGUCAAGGUCAAACGUCACGGCUCAAAUGCCAAUCAGUACAAAUAUGGGAAGAACCGGGCUGUGGAGGAUGCAAAAAAAUAUCUGUGUGAGAAGAACAACUUGGAGGAAGAGAAGGCUAGAAUUCGCAAUGAACUUUUGACUCUGAGAAAAGAGAAGAAAGAACUGAAAGAGGCAGUGAAGACUUGUGAAGGAAAGAAACAGAAGGCAUUAGAGGAAAGAAUUGCAAACCUGGAAGAGCAGUGCAGAAAGAAGGAGGCUGAACGUGUGGAUUUGGAGCUCAAGUUGACCGAAGUAAAGGAGAGUCUGAAGAAGUCCUUGGCAGGUGGACCAGCACUGGGACUAUCACUGAAUGAUAAAACAGAGGCUGUGCAAAACACUAGAGCACACACUGAGAGUAACAGUACUGAGCUUUCCCCUGCUGUUAACAGUGCUUCACAGCUGAAGAACAGACCACCCUCCAUUGUGGUAUCCAGUAAAGGCAAUGUACUACAGAAAGCCAAGGAAUGGGAAAAGAAGACAACAUAAACAAGCCUUGAACUUGACACUACAGUGGAACAUGGUUACAUGGAGGAAACUCGUGUUUUCUUUGAGUGCUUGGCGAACAUGUGUGGGACUGGCAUUUGAGUGCUUCGCAGGGAGUGCUGGGGAUUUGAAACAGGGAGGGAUGUAGAUACUGUGAAUGUUCGAAGUCUGUUGCGAGAGCUGUAUGGUUAGUGUCAUUCAUGAGAUUUCAUGGAGUUUGUGUGCCUGCACUAUGGAGUUCUGUGGAAGUGGAGAUCAGUACUUGUUAACUAUGGUGAUUCCUUUCUUGGAAAACUUGGAAUUUUCUGUAUUCAUGGAAGCAAAACCACUUCUAAGGGAUUUCAGCUUUGUUCUCGUUGUUCUGAUCCAUCACCUAAAAGGCUGUAUUGUAACACUCAACAAGGAACAGAAUUUUUUUGCGUACACAAAAUCUGCAGACAUAAAUUGCAACACACCCAUGGAUUGCUUUAGUCAGUGUGCAAAAGGUGAUUAUGAUUAUAUUCCAGAAGAAUGCAGUACAUACAUACUUUAUAGGAUUUUAAACAUUACAAAGAAAAGAGCAAACAGAGACCUGAAAAUGUUCAGUGUAGUACUUUUUGAUGUGGUUUUGAAGCACAUCUCUGCAUUUUUCAAAGGAAAUACAUGUUAUGCAUCCUUGGUGUGUGUGUGUGUGUGUGUGUGUGUGUGUGUGUGUG